AUGAAGACGCUGCUGGCUGCCCUGCUCGCCGCCGCGCCGGCCUGCCGCGCCGGAAUCGUCAUCACCCCCAUCCAGAGCGACCAAAUCGUCGCCAAGCUACCAGGCGACUGCUUCUUCGGCGCCGUGACGCCCCAAGGCUGCGGGCCCAAGCCGAGGUGA